GGAGGACUCGGACCUGUCUCUCAUCAUUGCCCAGAUAGUCCAGAAGCUUAAGGGCUCCAAUCUGUACGCUCAGCUGGAACGGCAGGCCUGGUUGUUCGAUCUUUUUGAACGUGCAAAUCAGAGAGAUUAAAAGAAAAAGAACUCAGUACCAUCUUUCCAUAAAGAAGUUAAUCAUGGCAGAGUUAGAGUGGAAUUUUUGACUUAGAAGAUCUGGUGGACGAUAAUUUCAUUGAUGAAGAUUAAAAUCUAGGCUAGUCUUCAGAGACCUGAGAUUAAGCUUGAAUCACUAAAAGAAGAUAUUAAGGAAUUCUUUAAAAUAACAGAACAAGAAGAGUGGUUCCCUAUUCCAACUUCUGCACAUGGGAACCGAGGCGUUAAGUGGUUUGCCCAGGUUGGGAGAAGAAACUUCAGAAUGCAGUUUAUAGUGAACUGAGUGUGUUUCCUUUACCUAGUCAUCCUGCUGCACCUCCUGAACAUCUUAAAGAACCUUUGGUAUACAUGAGGAAAGCACAGGGAAGUUGGGAAAAAAGAAUUUUGAAGAGUUUAAAUAGUAUGUGUACUGAACUGAGUAUCCCAUUGGCGCGAAAGAGGCCAGUUGCAGAACAGAAAGAACUUCUCAAUAAAUGGAAUGAAAUGGGCACCGAUGAACCAGAUUUAAGCCUCUUCAGACCUGUUUAUGCACCUAAGGAUUUUCUUGAGGUAUUAAUUAAUCUUCGCAACCCAAAUUAUGAAAAUGGUGAUCCUCUUAGUUUCAGGACUCAUUUGGGUUUAAUCCAGGUUCCUCUGAAAGUGAAAAACAUCCCUGAAUUGAAAGAAUGCUUUGUAGAACUUGGCUUAAAUACAGGACAACUGGGUAUAGAUGAUUCUACACAAGUGCCUCCUGAACUUUUUGAAAAUGAGCAUGUGCGUAUUGGUCAAAAAGUCCUAGCAGAGCAAGACAGUGCCGCUGCUCAACAGUAUAUCAGACAAGGAAGUCCCACGGCACUGAGAGCGGAACUGUGGGCUCUCAUUUUGAAUAUUUCCGGUCAACCCGAGGAUAUAUUGUAUUAUGAACAGUUAAAAACCAAUGUGAUACAGUAUGAUCUUUUGGUGGACCGUUUAACUUACAAAGAUGUGAAGUUGACAGCAAGCAAUGAUGAUUAUUAUUUUGUAUUUGAAGAUUAUUUAUAUCAGGUAUUACUUUGUUUUUCUCGUGAUACAUCAGUGUUGGGUCACUUUGCAUACAACUGUGCCUCACCACCGAAGUCAUACAUAAGAGGAAAAAUAGGACUAGAAGAAUAUGCUGUCUUUUAUCCACCAAAUGGUGUAAUCCCUUUUCAUGGAUUUUCAAUGUAUGUUGCACCACUUUGUUUUCUAUACCAUGAGCCUUACAAAUUGUAUCAGAUAUUCCGUGAGAUGUAUGUGCGUUUUUUCUUCAGACUCCAUUCCAUCUCUUCUCAUCCUUCUGGUAUUGUGUCACUCUGUUUGCUGUUUGAAAGUCUUCUUCAAACUUAUCUCCCUCAACUCUUUUAUCAUCUACGAGAAAUUGGGGCUCAACCACUCCGCAUAUCAUUUAAGUGGAUGGCUCGAGCUUUCUCCGGAUACUUAGCUACAGAUCAACUCUUGCUUUUGUGGGAUAGAAUCCUGGGAUACAACUCUCUGGAAAUUCUUGCUGUGCUGGCAGCUGCUGUGUUUGCUUUCCGAGCAGUGAACCUGAUGGAGGUGACAUCACUGGCUGCAGCCGAAGCAGUUCUUGCUGACAUUUCUACUUUAAAAGUUAUGCCUCUUCUUCAAAUUUUUCUGUUUGCUACUGUCACCUGAUCUUCAUCAAGGUCACUGACAACAUGUCUAAUUUUUUCAUUAGAAACUAAUCAUGAACUAUGCAAACUCUGCAUAAACCAAAAUUAAAUUUUGCAUAUAAGCCAAUAAAGAUCAUGUUCCCGCCUCACUUAAACCUAAGUAGUUUUUCCUUUUUUGAAACAAUAACUCUGCACACCAAAUAUUGCAUUGCAUGCGCUUAUUUUCAAGAGAGAAGCAAUAGAUGUGACGCCUGCUAAAUUGGGCAUACUAUAUAUAAUCCUGACUUGACUUGUAACAGGCAUGUGACAGCAUAUGCAAUAGGAAUGAAAGAUACUGUAAUAAACUUCAAGAGG